UUAACCCGAGGUUAUUAUCAAGGGGACACAUAAUCAACGUGCACGUGCGCUGAUAAUCAAAAGAAACGAACAACAAUGCAGUUUCGCGCGCAAACCAAGCAUCCAUCUUCUCACCAUUCCCAACUCUCAAGUCUCUCCCCCAUCGAUCGAUGCAGCCACUGCUACUACUAGUACCCAAGCAAAUUCACCAUUGCCAGGUGCCAUCCAUGCCCCAUGUCUCCCCUCCUCUGCCUCCUCCUCCUUGUCUUCUCCGUCGCCGGCGGGGACUCCAGCAGCAGCAGCUGCGGCGGCGACCGGUGCGGCGACCUGGUUCUUCCGUUUCCGUUCCACCUCAACUCCUCCUCCUCCUCCUGCAUCAGCUCCUCCAAUUCGUCGUCUCUGUUCCUUAUGUCGUGCGUCAAUGGCACGUACCUGACCCUCUCGCUCGGCGGCGCCGCCUUCCGCGUCAUCGACUUCUCCCCCUCCGGCCCCGGCAACUCCCUCCUGCUGGACUACGCCCCGGACACUCCGGCAGCCACCCCUUGCGACCCGGCCUACGCGCCUCUGAACUCCCGCCCGUCGUCUUCCUCCCCGGCGGCCGCGCUCGACGCCGCGGCGGCUUUCCUGGCCGUGUCCCCCGCCAACGUGCUCCGCCUCUACGCCUGCGACGACUCCUCCCUCUGCCGCGCCGCCGCCUGCGACGACGGCCCCUGCGGCGGCGGAGGGAACAAGGCGGGCUGCUGCUACCCGCUGUCCGAGUCCGACGGCGGCGUCUGGAAGCACGGCGACGGGCUCUCCGUCUUCGGCGCAUUCGGCUGCCGCGGCUUCUCCAGCUGGGUCACGUCAUCGUCGUCGUCUUCCUCGGCUCCGGCGGGGGGAGUCGUUACUCGGAGAGGGAUCGAGGUGGAGUGGGCGGUGCCGAGGGGCAGCCCGCUGGCGGCGUGCGCGGGCGGCGCCGCCCAGGUGAACUCCACGGGGGUGCGCGGCGCCGUGCGUUGCGCGUGCGUCGCGCCGGGGCUCGCCGGCGACGGCUUCGCGCUCGGCACCGGCUGCACCAAAGCUGCGGCAGCAACCUGCGGCAAUGGCGAAGCAGGGGAUUCUUCGUGUUGCCAAGGGCGGUUCUGCUCGAAGAAGGCCGUGGCACUCGCCGGGUUCUUCGUGUCCGUCUUCUUCCUCGCGGCCGCGGUCUCCUUCUGGCUCUUCCUCCGCCAGCCGGCUAUGUCGUCGUCUUCUUAUUCCCGGCGCUGGGAUCUCGACCCGGCCUGCAUCCCCAAGAUCCUCGCCGGCGUUUCCGACGCCAGGCAGUUCACGAACGACCAGCUCGACGCGGCCACCAGGAGGUUCGACGAAAGCGAGGAGAAGGGUUCUUCUUCCAACUUACAAGCAAUGGACUCCGGCAAUGGCGUCCGCGGCGGCGUGCUGGAGUCCGGCGCGGUGGUAGCGGUGCAGCGCGUGGGUUGCGAGACGCCGGAGAAGCUGAGGACCAUCCUCGACGCCAUGGAGGUCUCGCACCGGAACGUCGCGCGCGUCGUCGGCUUCUGCGUCCUGCCCCACGACUCACCCGGCGCGCUGCUUCUCGUGCACGAGAGCUCCGGCAAUGGCGGCACGCUGGAGGAGCACCUGCGGCGGCGGGCUGCCGCGAAGGCGGAGCUGGGGUGGUACCACCGCGUGAGCAUCGCCGUGGAGCUGGCGGGCGCACUGGCGCACCUGCAGCACGCGCACGGCAUCUUCCUCCACGACCUCCGCUCCAGCGACGUCUUCUUCCCCGGCGCCGGCGAAGACCACACCGCCAAGAUCGCCGGCCACAAGCUCCUGGACUCCUCAACGGCCGACUACAGCUACUACUACGGCGCCGACGCGGCGUCGGCGAGAGAACAAGACGUGGUGCGCAACUUCGGGGGCCUCCUGAUCGAGCUGCUGACGGGGAUCCGGCACCAGCAGCCGUUGGACACGGUGGCGCCCAAGGUCAGGGAAGGCCGGCUCCACGAGGUGCUCGACCCGGCGCUGCUGCUUUCGGCGUCGGCGUCGGGGAAGAAGCAGAACCUGAACCAGAUGCUGCCGGCGUCGGGGGAGGAGGUCAGGAAGGUGUUUGAGAUAGCGGUGAGGUGCGUCGAGCUCGAGGCGGGCAGCAAUGGCGGAAUGGGGACUGUGGCGAGGGAGCUGGUGGAGGUUGUGAGGGACAGCAUGGGGAGCAGCAGCAAGAUCGAGAUCUCGCUGGAAGAGACCUUCUCCAGCUCCAGCCUCCUCCAGAUGAUCUCCAUGUCACCCGAAACCAUGCACCGCCACCUCCCGUGCUAAGAAAUCACCAUUGUAGACGACGAUCGAACCUCCUGGUGCAGAAAUUCAGCCUGUAAAUAUCCCCUGUUGAAAUUCAGCUUACUGUUGUAAUUCAGAAAUUCAGUUUACUGUUUUGAUUCAGAGAGCAGAGGAGAGACUCUGUUUCUUGCCGGAACUUCACCAGAAUUAAAUUAGCCCCCCUGUGAAUUGAUGAA